AUGGAUCCGCCGGACACGCUCCAGGACCUGGGGCAAGCUCCUGCUGCCCAUAAAAACCGCAGCGUCAGCCCCUCGGCCCAUCCUCACCAACACCAACAAUACAAUAAUAUUAACGACUUGACGAUUGACCCCUCGAUCACCACCAACCCGUCCUAUCCUCCCUCUUCCUUUGACAACAAUCCCGCUCCGGGCUCCGAGGCAUAUGCCUAUCCCUCGUCGAGCUAUCUGACUCCCGCUACCGCGACCGAUCAGAGCUUCACACGCCCUAGCCUACAUAUCCCACAGUCGUUUGACCAAGGGCUGUCGCAUCAACAAACCGAGGAGAACUUCUCAAAUCUCCUGAACUCGAAUACUGGCGACUUUGACUUCUCGCUUUAUCAGAACCCGAGCCCGAACACCACUGGUGGCUCCGAGUACCCCUCCUCGCUCUUGCUUGACCCCCAGCAACAGCCAACCAACCAGGCUGUCAACCCGGUCGAUCUGGUCAGCCAGAUCCCGUCUCCUCACCCCUCAAAUUCGUCCCAGACAUCUCCGCUGGAACAGCAACAAUCGAAUCCCUCCCCGAGCGCCAUGUCGCCCCCUGCAUCCUCGCCAGGCACGUUCCAUACUCCACAGCACUCGCGGCACACCUCUCUCGACCCCGCUAGCGCCGCAUAUAUGGCAAACGUUUCGCACCCAGAUUGGCAGACUCUCAUGGCUAACUCCUCGUUCCACGGCCAUCGCCGUGCCCCAUCAGAGGUGUCCGAAGUGUCGUCUGCAGCGCAUUCCCCAUAUCUUACUCAACAUGACUCCUUUGAUCCCGCGGACAAUAACCCAUCCCCACUGUUGGCGCCUCAAAACGACCCUAGUAUUUAUGACAAUGCUGCCUUAGGAAUCGAGACAUUCACUCUGGCGGACAAUCAUAAUCAGCACCAACAACCAGCAUUUAGCCCCCAGCACAGCCCUUACAUAUCUCCGCAAUUGAUACCUCAACAGCCUCAAUUAGCAACAGAAAUGAUUCCAAGUGGACCAUUCAUCUCGGGUCCCUCCGCAAGCUCCCCGUAUCCGACCCCCCCAACUGAGGGUUAUCCAAAUACCCAAGAAGGCAUGAUGCAGCAGGCGGGCCUAUACCCAGAUAUUGGACAAGCGUCACAGAUGGCACCGCCGUCUAUUAAUGUGGAACCCCCACCUCCAGGCCAAACUCCGAUCUUUCCCUAUGACAAGCCCCAAAAUGAUAUGGAUACUUUGAGUCCGCCUCCAUCGCGUGCGCCUCGUACUCGUAGCAAGUCUGAUCCUUAUCAUCCCAUGCCCAAAUCUCGCCCUCGCUCGCCUUCGUCACCAUCUGGCAACCUAGGCCCAACGGCUCAUUCAUCAAACCGGUCAUUGUCUCCGUUUGAUGUCAAUCGUCACCCUUACAGCAACCCUAGCUCUAGGGAGUCUUCUCCUGCCCGUCACCGACGUGUAUCAACAUCGUCGAUUGAUAACAGCCGAAACUACAUUCUCGGCCUUGCUGACCCAGGUCGACCUACAAACCAACCCGAUUCUAAGAGAGUUCAAAAGCAUCCUGCAACUUUCCAGUGCCAUCUUUGCCCCAAACGCUUCACCCGGGCAUACAAUUUACGCUCUCAUUUACGGACACAUACAGACGAACGGCCAUUCGUUUGCACUGUCUGUGGAAAGGCAUUCGCCCGCCAGCACGACCGUAAACGCCAUGAGGGUUUACACUCGGGUGAAAAGAAGUUUGUUUGCCGGGGUGACCUUUCCCGGGGCGGGCAGUGGGGCUGUGGCCGCAGGUUUGCUCGUGCAGAUGCUCUAGGACGACAUUUCAGAUCAGAAGCUGGUCGAAUCUGCAUUAAACCACUCUUGGAUGAGGAAUCUCAAGAGCGCGAUCGCCAACUCAUGAACCACCAGCAGCAACAUCUGCAGCCUAUGGCGCAGCCGUUGAUGGUCCCUGCUCAAGGAAUUGAUGGCCAGCAGGGUGGCAACUUCAUACUGCCAGCAGCUCUACUCGCGCAAUAUCCAGCUCUCCAAACGCUGCAGUGGGAUCAAAUCCCGGCUGGCAAUGACGAUGCGAGCGAUUUUGGUGGACGCACUAGUUUUGACGCCAGUUCUGGCGGAGAAUUUGGGUAUGACGAUGAUGAAUCCGGAAUUAGUGUUUCCGGUAUGAGUGGGGGAUACGCCAGCGAUCAGGGCAAUAUGUACGGAGUGGAUGCGCAACCGCAAGGUCUAAGCGAAAGUGGUUACCCGUCGUACCCAUGA